CCCACAAGCCUGUCGCAAAUCGCAAGCGACACAAUGUUAAUCUGAAAUUGCACAGUUCUUGUCGUUUAAAUUAUUAUGGUUUCGUUGGUUUUAUUUAACUGUGAUAUAUAACACAGGUUAUAGGUUUUAGUUCAAUAAGAAUUAACAGGCGCAUUCAUCGCGGUUAAAGUGGACGCUCGUGCGGAAAAAUUAGAUGAGCAUCAGUGCUAAAAAGAAACCCUCGCGUGUCGUUUCUUAUGCCGUUUAUCAGAUGUGAGUGACACUUUGUUUCCACGCUCGAUCGCAGUAUUGAUCCGAUGAGAAAUGCAGGACGCCUAUAACGUGGAGAUCGGAUUCGUAAAACAGAUUCUUAGUUUAAAUUUGGUGCCUAGGAAAAAUGCCACCAACUGCGGGAAGAACGACACGUCUCUGUGCGAUUUCUCCGAGAUGUGGUAUGGUGUGUUCCUGUGGGCUGUUGUGUCCUCAUUGGUGUUCCACCUGCCCGCUGCCCUCUUGGCUCUUGCAACACUCCGGAGACAUAAGAUGGCACGAUUUUUCCCCAUCGCCAUCCUGCUCAUGGGCAUCAUAGGUCCACUGUUUGAAGGGGUUCUUACAAGUGCAGCCAUAGCAGGAGUCUAUAAGGCGGCUGGAAAAAGCAUGUUCUCUUUGGAGGCCUUGGUGUAUGGAGUGGGACAGUCUUUGUGUAUUUUUAUAAUUUCUUUCCUCAGAAUUCUGGCUACACUGUAGCACUAAGACACUGGCACACCAGGCUGCCAUCUUUAGGAAUAACCUGGGUAUUAUAUGCAAAACAUGGAGGCCUUACUGUCCCUACACUCCCAACUGCUUGUUUCCUUUUAUACAGAACAAAGUUAUUUGUUUCAAAUGGAUUUAUGAGUGUGCUGUGAUGAGUAAAAUUUGACUUUUUAUUUGAAAAAAAAAAAAGAGUUACUUUCAGAGUUAGCCUUGUCACCUUGCACAUUUUUUAUUUAUUUAACCGACAAUUGUCCAGACUCUUUAAAUCUUUCAUAACACUAAAUUGUAUGUCUUUAUACAUGUUUGGAUGAUUCAGUGUUGACUGGCAGAUUUCGGUGUGAUUUUAAUAGUUUUACUCUGUACAUAAGUCCAUUCCAACUUUCCCUUAAAUUCCACUAGAGGGGAAACAAAACAAAACCUGCAUUCUCUUUGCACUGAUUAUAUUAAUCUUUUAGGCCAAAGGCUUAACAUUUGUUUUUUUUGUCACAUUGUUUUUUCACACACGUUUUAGAUUACAGUAAAAAGCACAUGGGGGUACAUGUAUGUGGAGUUUGAUAAUGUAAUUUCUUCACAGCAUAAGAAUUCCUUGCUAAAGUUAAGUGGCUUGUGUUGCGUUUUUGUGAUCCAAGUUGUUUUUAAAUGGGCUUUGGCCUUCAUAUAGUUUUUUUCUGUAUAUAUAUUAGAGUGAUGUAAUAUUGCUUUGACACUUAACUUUCUAAAUGCCCUUAUGAAAAUUAACCAUGGCUUUACUUCAAUAACUAUAGUAUCAUAUUGAUAUGUAAGUAAAACCAUAGUAACCACAAAUGUACUAUUUUCUUACUAUAGGAACCAUAGUUUCUGUGAUAACCAACCACCGUGAUAUUUGUUGUAAAUGGUAAUAUAAAUUAUAAUCAAUCUGCCAAAAACAUGGUUACCACACUUUUACUAUCCUAUAAUAAAACCAUGGUUAAUGUUCCUAAAGGUAUGGCAGUCUCACCUCUUGCCUGAUAUAUGAAUGUAAAUGAGAUUUCAGCUAAACAGUAACAAAAUCACACCUUCACCAAAGAAAUGUAAACAAAGCUUUUUUAAGUUUGACUGCAGUAAUUUACUAAUUUUCAAAAGUCCUUUAGAGAAAUUGAAUAGGGACAUAAAUUAAACUAUGAAAUCAUUAAAGGGCAGACUGAACAAUAUUAUAAUGAAUAUCGGAGUCAGAAACAAAGUUUAUGUGCAGAAAUAUAUCAAAUAAGAUUCUUAGUAAGAAAUCAUUCUCACUUAUGUGAAUGGUUCUUGUUUAAAAAUGCUAGAUUCAAGGCUUAAUAGAUACAGCUGACAUGAAUAUUCAUAUUUUGAACCUAAAGCACAGUGAAGUCUUUAUAAUUAUAAGAGGUUAAUUAUCAGGCUUUUCACAAAUUAUAGUUGAAUUUCUUCAGUUUAGGCAUAUGUAGACGUGUUCUCCCUCAUAAGGCCUCAGGAAGUUCUUGAAUUGUGGACGUUUUGGUCAAAGCUUGUAUGGUGUGGGUUAAUGAGGAUCAGAAACUUUUAUGAAUGAAGUCUUCUGGAGCUACUUUAUUGGCGAUGCUGUUGGGACCCAGUAAAUGCCAUGCUUUAUUCCCCAGAGCCUAUGGUCUCUCAAUUGCACAGAUGGAUUUAUUUUUCUAAAGUUCAGUCAUUUGGGGUAAAGUGACUGCUCAUUGUUUUUGUGGUUUGUCUUUGAUUGUAUGGUCUUCUACAAACAAUUCUUUACAAUACAUUUUUGCAGGGCAGGUUUAAUUUUCUUACUGUGCAAAAAGUGCCAAUUGCUAACUAGUAUUUUCAUGAAAUAAAUUGGUUUAGAUUAUAACACCCCCUUGUU